CGUCUGCAAGACAGCGACAUGUAGACAGCAUGUCGUCCAUGGCUAGAGGACGAGGCGUCAAGGCCAGUAAGGUCGUCAAGCCGAAGAAGGACACGAAACGAACGACGGCACACACCAAAAAUUACCGCUUCCAGUCCUUCAACGAGCGCAUCGCAACGCUCAAGAUCGACCCGAUUCGACGGAGGCGACAUGUUGAGCAGGAAGAGAAGGAGGUAGAGACUUCGCACACAUACUUUGGGGAGGCUCUGUCAGAAUGGAGGGAUACAAAUCUGUCGACAACCUUCAGCGCAUUCGCCAAAGAUGCCGCCCCGCUAUGCGACAACCUGCCCGUGGUCCUGCACAACGAGAACAAGAUUGUGGACUUGCUGAUGGAAUACAUUGGAAGAGGCGAUGCGCUGGCUAUGGACCCGCUGUUCAAUUUGCUAUGGAACUUGGCCCGAGAUCUGGACACCCGCUUCGAGAAGCACUUCCAACGCGCCGUGGCUUCCGUCCUGGCUGUCGCCGCAAAGCACGAAGACCUGGCAGUGAUAAACGCCGGUUUUGACUGUUUGGCAUGGUUGUUCAAGCAUCUCUCGCGAUUGCUCGUGCCGGACCUCCGACCUUUGUAUGACCUGCUGGCUCCUUAUAUGGGCAAAGAGAAACAGAAGCCAUUCAUCGUCCGAUACGCCGCUGAAGCGUUCGCGUUCCUGGUGCGAAAAGCAGCCAUUGUCUAUGAACGGGAUUCCAAGCCCCUGACUACCGUCGUAGAACGCAUACUGAACGACUGUGCUCAGACGACCACGGAGACUACCGCGGAUCUCCAUCAGCAAGGUGUCAUGGCUGUGCUUAGUGAAUCGAUUCGAGGCGUUCAGCAAGGGCUCGCCAACGGCGGUGCCGCUAUACUGCAGACAACUUUCCCGACGGCUGAGAGGAUCAUGCAGGAUGAAUCGGCCAGUGCCGAGCGCAUCGUUUGUGGGUUGCUAACCGACUUUAUCCACUUCAGCAACCAGGAGGGUUUCAAGCCUGUCUUAGACACGAUUGUCUUGCACAUACAACAGAGCGUAGGUGCAGCUAGUGCCACUAGCAUCCAAUUCUGCACUUCCCUGCUUUCCACAGCCGUGUCCGUACGCAAAGGCUCUCGUAUCACAGAAUGGAAAACUGUUGUGCAAGUCACUGAGGACCUUGCCACCGCAGCUCAGAGGCUACAGGAACAAGACGCAAAGCUCGCACACGCUGUACUCAGUCUAUACGCCCUGGUACUGCAGUCGGCGCCCAUCGGAGCUGUCCAGAAGAUGGUCAAGACGCUAGACAUUUUCCGCAACGGCACCUGGGCUCCUUAUUUCGCACAAUUCUGCGAUAUGGUGCACAGACUUGGCGCGGAUCGUUUCAACGAGAUUUUGCUACCAUAUCUGCGAAAUUUUGUUGCUGAGCGAGCUGAACUCAACGACCCCCACCUUCUCUCACUGGUCGUUCGCGUAGGUGGAACGAGGCCGGAUCUGAAGCUGAAAUGCUCGAGAACUGCCAUACAACAUAUGCUGGCCUGUAUCGCAGAAAUCAACAGCGUCCAAGCUGAUAGCACUCAAGCUCUUGCGCAUUCGAAUUUGCUACUUCGUGCAUUGCCGCAUCUUGCGAUCGACGACAGCACUGUUGAUAGCUUCCGCGAGGCAUCACUGAACUUGGUAGAAGCAGUACUUCAUGCCGAAGAUGCCACUCCACUUGAGACAAAAUCGCUCAUAUACGGCUCCGUCCUGCGCCAAUUGCUUGUCAUGAGACCUGCAACGACAUUUCUCUCUGGCUCAUGGCCGGCACUUUGCCAAAGAAGUCCGGAAAUGGCACCUCUGCCAGCCUUCUGGACCAAUCUGCUGACCUUCAUCAAGGAGUACAAGCCGACGGACGUUCAGGGCGAGCAUAUUCGCGUACUUGAAGAUGUGCUUGUGUCUUCUCUGUGUUCGGCGUCGCACUCAAUCAGGCAGGAUGUUCUGGACAUCCUCCAAGAACUGUACAGGUUGCGAGGAUUGGAAGAGCCAACGAUCCUUGCGACUGCGAUCCUCGUGGAGUCGAUACCCAUCUCCCUAGAAGCCGCCAGGUCAAUGUCCAUGAACAUUCGACGCAUUCCACCACAAUACACCACCUUGUCCAGCGGCGACGUCAUGCAAAGAGCCAUCCCAACCUUCCUCUUCGGCUUGCUCCACUUGAAUCUUUCCCAGGCGUGGGAGGACGCUAGCGAAGCGCUUGCCGCUAUCAGUCAGAACAAGGUCGGAGAAGAAGUUGUCAUAAGCCUAGCUCAGAAAUGGAUCGAUGGAAAAUCGGAUGACGAGCCGCUGCCACAGACACCUCAGCUGAUGGACGUCGACACUGACGGCUUCAAAGUCUUUUCGAGCUUCGAAUGCCCAAAUUUCGCCAAGAUGCAAGCAAUUUCUAAGCAAGUUUUCGAGGUCCCAUACAGCGGUCUGCCUUCCCCCGAAGAACAACUAAGCUUAGACACGCGAAAAAUGCCAUUGAUCUCGCAAAGUGCGCGAUCUCAAGCACUGCGGGUCUUGAGCAAGAUUCCACAGAUCGCAGAGAAACGUUCGCGUUUGCUUGUUCCCACUCUGCUAAGAUGGGCAGGAUCGGUGCAGGAAGGCGACGAUGAAGCAUCGGGCUCGGAUCGUUGGGCGCGGAAGGACCAGAAGGCCUUGCUGGGAAUCUUUGCUCAAUUCAACAACCCGAGAGUGCUGUACAAGGCGGAAGCCGUGUUUAGCGCACUACUGGCGCUAUGUGGAAACGGUGAUCUUGAGAUUCAGAAGUCCGCGCUCAAAGCUGUGCUCGCUUGGAAAGACAAGUCGCUCACCCGAUAUCAAGAACACCUCAAUAAUCUUCUUGACGAAAACCGGUUCCGUGAAGAGCUGUCGGUCUUUUUGCACGAUGCAGCUGAAUCUGGGGAAGGCGAGGACGGCAUCCGUCCGGAAGAUCAUGCAACUCUAAUGCCAGUUCUUCUGCGCUUGUUGUACGGCCGCGCGGUAGCAGGCGGUAAGGAAGGCCAAUCCGGCCGCCGCAAGGCGAUAUUUGUUGCUUUGUCAAGAUUUGGCGAAGAUACAUUGGGAGCAUUUCUCGACAUUGCGUGCAAGCCCCUCGCUGGUGAAGAAUUUGAGAAGAGCACUGAUGAGAUCCCGAUGCCCAGGACGUCGCUACGUCAGCAACUUGGUCUGGUCAACAUGUUGGACGACAUGCUGCGAACGCUUGGUGAUGGUCUCGAGACAUUCGCGCCAAAGCUCGCGCGAGUCAUCCUUGCAUGUACCAUCAGUGCAGCGCACAAGCUGGAACAAGAGAACGGCUCCGAUCCGGCCUUGGCCCGCUCCAUUCGACAGACUGGCAUACAGUGUCUGGUCAAGAUUUUUGCCACGAUGACAGCUUUUGACACACAACAAUAUGGUCUCAUAGUCACUGAAAAGCUGAUCUUGCCUCGCUUGAGCUCGUUUGCAAUCGAAACUGCGCAAUCCGUGUCAGGUACCUUACGUCUCUUCUCUGCCUGGAGCGAACGCAAUGAUACUGCUUCCUUGUUCAUUGGACCUGGACACGCGAUAUUGGCGCAGGUGGCAGACCUACUUCAAGGCAAGCACACAAAGAAAGAAGUACAAUUAUUUGUGCUCCAGCAAGUCUUGGACAACCUUGUUACGAUUGACAUCGAGCCAACAAUUCUGCAGCCUCAUGUGUCAAGCUUCGUCAAAGCCAUCGGAGCAGUCAUUGAGCAGCAGCCGUCCAAGGAUGCUCUAGAUGCCUGUGUGCACUCUUUCUCACAGCUUGCUGGGCGGAUUCAAUCAGAGUCUGAAGCUGCGCACGUUACCAGGACAUGCACGGAACUUCUCAAGAAACCCAACAGGGAGGUUUCUCCUCCAACCAAGUCUGGUCUGCUGCGGACGAUCUUGCCUCUCAUCGAGAACUUCGGUGUAGAGAGCAGAGAUGAUUUGUACGAUGCGGUUUGCGUACUGUAUUCCCGUCUGUCCCAUGCAGAGAGCCGAGUGCUACUUUCUAAGGUCCUCGCUGCACUUGUACGUGAUGACCCAUCACUGAGUGACAUCGCUCAUGUUUGCGAAGACAUGAAUGCCCGGGGAACACGACUGGAUGAACCGGAUUUCCAGCGGCGCGACAGCGCUUUCAACAAGGUGAAGUCCUCCAGCUCAGAUUUCACCAUUGAGCAAUGGUUACCACUGGUACACAACUUGCUCUUCUACAUCCGCGAUCCGGAAGACCGCGUGAACCGCACUGAUGCUUCGUAUGGCCUCCAGCUGUUCGUGUCUGCUGCAUCAAAGCACGCCGAUCAGCAGCGAUGGAUGUCGCUGCUCGAACAUGCCGUGCUCGCCGGCAUCGAGCGUGGUAUGCAUGAGAAGUCCGAGCUGGUACGGGCCGAGUACUGCCAGGUCCUGAAUCACAUCAUUGGAACAUUUCCGGAAUGGCAGAAGAUCAGUGGUUUACGCCUCCGGGGGCACGAGGAUGAGGAGACGUCUUUCUUUCUCAACGUGCUACAUAUUCAACUCCGGCGCAGGAUGGCUGCAGUGCAAGUGCUUGAAAGCGAGGCCGCAAAUGUGGGUUCGAAUAGUGCCUUUCGCAUACUUCUGCCACUCCUAGAACAUUUCGUCUUCGACGCGGCUGAGGGAGAGGCUGGACUCAAUCUUGCUAAUCAGACCAGGAAAGCCAUUGGUGCGCUUGGCAAAGCCCUCAAUAAAAACAGUUUCCGUUCCACAUUCCAGCGGUACAUCGGCUAUCUCAAGAACAAGGAGAAAGAUGAUCACGAGACUAUCGAGAAGCGAGUCCUCCAGCUUCUUCGUGAGAUGGUCGAGGGCAUCAUCGCCCUGCCUCAAGAUCAAAGACCAAUCAGCGAAGCUAUCAUCAGAGAGCAGCUCACUCCCCUGCUGGCAUACCUGCAGCAGAAAGAUGAGUCUACUGUCGACCGACGCAUUUCUAUAGCCGUGACGAUUGUCAAGCUCAUGUCAUCUUUGCCGCAAGAGGAAUUUGCCUCGCGACUGCCUGGAGUGCUUACGGACAUUUGCCACGUUCUACGCAGUAGAAGCCAAGAAGCUCGUGACCAAACGAGAAAGGCCCUUGCACAGAUACUGGAGUUCGUCGGGCCUACUUAUUUCAGCUUUAUCCUGAAGGAGCUCAAGGGAUCCUUGAAACGCGGCUAUCAAUUGCACGUCUUGUCCUUUACUGUGCACUCUCUGCUAGUCGGCAGUCUCGACAGUUUUAAGCCGGGUGAUCUCGAUGAAUGUCUACCACAUCUCAUGGACGUGAUCAUGGAUGAUAUCUUUGGCGUUACUGGCCAAGAAAAGGAUGCCGAGGAGUACAAGAGUGGAAUGAAGGAAGUCAAGAGUAGCAAAAGCUACGACACGAUGGAACUUCUCUCGCGAGUGACCCCAGUACGUCAAUUAGGAGCUCUGGUACGACCGCUCCAUAGCAUGCUCUCUGAAAUGCUGGACAACAAAUCGGUCAAGAAGAUCGAUGAUCUACUCCUACGGCUUCGCAAAGGACUGGACCAGAACCCUGAGGCUGACAGCCGAGACAUGCUCAAGUUUUGCUGGGAGAUAGUUAGCCAGGUCUAUGCUGGAGAGAAUGCUCAGACAUCGAAACCCGCGAUUGAUGAGCGCCGCAAGCGUUAUGAGAUCCAGCCAGAACCGGAGAAGAAGAAACUUGGCCCUAAAGGCGGUACUGCGUCCUACAGGUACAAGCUCAUCGCAUUUGCGCUCAGUCUGCUCAGAAAGGUAGUCCGGCGCCAUGAAGACUUGCAAACACCUGCAAACAUGGCAGAAUUUUUACCUAUGGCAGGAGAUGCUCUGAUACAAGGCCAAGAAGAAGUCAAGCUUGCCGCAGUCCGGUUUUUGUCAACCAUCAUGCGCGUUCCCAUCAAGCAGCUGGAGGAGGAUGCACCUGUCUAUGUCAAAGAGGCCGUUGCGAUGAUCAAAAGCGCUUCCAGCAGUACUACUGAUGCUUCUCAAGCAGCGCUUGAGCUCAUCACGUCCGUGUUACGCGAGAGACGCUCCGUGCAGAUCAAAGAAAAGGAUAUCGCGCUGCUACUGAAGCGUGUCAAGAACGAUGUCGAUGAGCCAGAUCGUCAGGGCGUCAUCUACAAAUUCUUACGGGCAAUCCUUGGACGAAAGAUUGUUAUUGCAGAAGUCUACGAAGUCAUGGAUGAGGUGGGCAAGGCUAUGGUUACCAACCCGGAUCAGUCGAUUAGAGACAGCGCGAGAAGUGCAUAUUUCACUUUCGUCAUGGACUUCCCACAAGGCAAAGAUCGAUGGGAGAAGCAGACGUCCUUCCUCGUCACGAACCUGAAGUACAAACAUGCUGCAGGACGACAAAGCGUGAUGACAUUCUUGUACUCAAUGCUGGACAAGGUCGGCGACGAUGUGAUACAAGAUCGAGCACUCGAGAUUUUCUUGACUCUGGUGCCGUUGCUAAUUGCUGAUCCUGAUGCCAAGUGUCGUGAUUCGGCCGAGCUGCUCAUUGCCAAGAUCUUCGAACGAGCAGAAGAUGAUAAAUUGAUGGCGCAACUGCUCAGCACCAUGGAGACGUGGCUGAGGAAAGAUAAGCCACUGCUCAAGGCCGGAUCAUUGCAGUGCUGGAGAAUCCUACUCCAGAACCGUCAGCUAUCGCAGAAGCAGCUUGCCGGGUUGCGUAGUAAAGUGGAGGACAUCCUCACGGAGCAGGAUGGAGAGUUCUCUCAACCGCAAGUGGUCCAUGAUGCGUUGCAGGUCCUUGCUGUCCUAGUCCAGCGCUUUCCUGAAGUUGGACUCGCAGAGUCUUCUGAAGACGUAUGGCAAGCCGUUCAUAAGCUCCCGGCCACUGACGAUGCACGAGUGCAGACAAUGGUUGCUUCGCUCCAAGGGGACUAUUUCGCGGACUUUGCAAGCACCAGCUCCAAAACUGCAACAGGCCUUGCUGGUCUGCCUUUGAGAGGCUCUGGAGGUCUCGAGCUCGGCGCAGAGGACAUGCGACGCCUUUGUCUUGUCUCUUUGCGAGCGCUACGCGCUGUAGCUCUCAGCACUGAGGACAGUCUCACAGCCCACAUUGUGCGCAAUCUUGCCGAUCUUGGUCGUUUCUUCGCGGCCAACGAGAUGCCAUGGAACGAUCAGGCCGUACUGAGUUCCGAAGCCUCUGAAGAUGAUGAAGAGCAGGAUGAGGAUGAACGCGUCUCCGAGCUGGCAAUCGCUCAUCUGCUCCGCCGGCUGUCGUCAAUGCUGAUGGCUGAUAAAUUCUCCAUUGUCUCUCGCACAGCUGCCCUGGAUACCCUCGCAAAGACUAUCAAGCACUUGGGUAGCAUCCCUGGCACGAGUCUUCAGCCCAUUCUUCGCCCACUUUAUGCACUCACGGACCCGACUGUGCCCAAAGCCCCGGGCGACCGGCACCAAAAGUUGCAGGACAACGCUGCAGAGCUUCUGAAUUUGAUCCAACAGAAGCUUGGUCAGGAGAAGUUCUUGGCUGCGUUGGCCGUCACUCGUAGCGAAGCGAAACUCAGAAGGGAGGAGCGGAGACAGAAGAGAAGAAUCGAAGCCGUCACCGAGCCAGAACGAUGGCAGAAGAGUAAGCAGAGAAAGUAUGAAAGCAAGAAGAGCAGGAAGAAGGAGAAGGGUCACGAGGCGAGAAGCGCAAGAAGAGGCUGGUGAGCGGCUUGAAAGUGUGUACAACAUUGCAUCUGGACAAAUGAGCGGAAAAUGCAUAGCGCGGGCGUUUGCGGUGAGUCUGUAGAGGUAUCGGUGACUUUGAAGACACCAUGCAAGCACAGACAAUUCCUUUCAGACCGACAUACUGCUAAUCUAGGUCUAAUGUCCCUCUCCGGCUAGCUUGCAACCAUUCAGGGACUGCUGGCAUACCUUUCUCUUCAUCCUUUGACACCACU